CCCCUCUCACCUUUAGUGAAUACAGAGUGGCCUGUCCUUUGGUUUUACUGGGGAUUUUAACCUCUGGCUGCAGACACUUGGGUUUUCUAACAACGAACUUAUCCAUGCUUCCCCCCAAGCAGCACACAGACUGAAAAUAAAUCUGAGUUUCCGCCCGCAGAAGGGCAGAACGUCGUCGCGCUGUCAUGACGAAAACGCACGCAAGUACGUACGCACGCACGCACGCGUCUUCUCGAUGUCAACAAAGGCAGUCGCUCGUGAUUACGUGGCCGUUUACCGGAAGUGGUUUAGACAGCCCUUUUUGCUGCAAAAAAAAAAAAAAACAACACACAAAACAAAACACGGAAGUAGAGUUAGAGUAGGAAGAUGGCGGCCGUACAGAUGUUGUUGGUUGUUGCGCUGCUUGUUUGUGCCAGCAGCGGGUCCUUGGAGUCUGCCCUGGGAGACAGUGCCUCCUGUCACAUGGUGUGCGAUGAGACCUACCCCCUGCACACUUACCCCGAGGUGAGCAGCAAGGACACUCUAUCCGCCCCUCUAUUGGUACCUACCUGUCAGGGCUGGACUGUGCAUGCCGGCUGGGGGGGGAGGGGUCAUGGUUUUCUUCAGCAUGGGGGGCGGUCAUUCAAUCUUCAGCUGGGGUAAUAAGUGGUUUUUAAUUCAGCAGGGGGUGGUCAGCGGUUUCUUAAUCUCAGCAGGGUGGCCGGUUUCUUAAUUCAGCAGGGUGGUUAUGGUUUCUUAAUUCAGCAGGGGGUGGUCAGUUGGUUUCCCUAAUUCCAGCAGGGGGUCAUGGUUUCUAAUUCAGCAGGGGCGGGCCGCGGUUUCUUAAUUCAGCUGGGGGUCAUGGUUGUCUUAAUUCAGCAGGGGUCAUGGUUGUCUUAAUUCAGCAGGUGGUCAUGGUUUCAAUCAGCAGGAGUGGUCAUGGUUUCUUAAUUCAGCAGGGGGUGGUCAUGGCUCUUAAUUCAGCAGGUGGCCAUGGUUUAAUUCAGCAGGGGUGGUCAUGCAUUCUGACCAACAGGUGGUCAUGGUUUUCUUUAAUUCAGCAGGGGUCAUGGCUUUAAUCCAGUGGGGGCUCGCUUGGGUUUCUUAAUCUCAGCUGGGCCAGCGGUUGUCUUAAUCUCAGCAGGGGGGUCAUGGUUGUCUUAAUCAAAGCAGGGGUGGUCAUGGUUUCCUUAAUUCAGCUGGGGAUCAUACUUUUCUUAAUCUCUGGGGAUCAUGGCUCUUCAAUUCAGCUGGGGACUCGUGGUGGUUUUCUGACCAGCUGGGGGUCAGCGGCUCAAUUCAGCUAAAAUGGUUUCCUUUAAUUCAGCUGGGGUGCGGUUUUUCAAUUCAAAGGGUGGCCGCGACAUUCCUUAAUUCAGCAGGCAUGGUUUCUAAUUCAGCAGGGGGUGAUGGUUUUCUUAAUUCAGCUGGGGGGUGAUGGUUUUCUUAAUUCAGCUGGGGGGGUCAUGGUUUUCUUAAUUCAGCGGGGGGGGUCAUGGUUUUCUUAAUUCAGCAGGGGAGGGGUCAUUGUUUUCUUAAUUCAGCAGGGGGGGGUCAUGGUUUUCUUAAUUCAGCAGGGGAGGGUCAUGGUUUUCUUGUUGUGGACUACAUAUCUGAUGCUUUGCCAACAACAUGGUUGUAAGAGGGAGAUGGGAGAUGUAGUCCACAACAUCCGCAGUGCUGAAUAGUACCUACUUCUGCACUACCUCCUUUACCUGCCCUUUUGACUCAGGGUGGCAAAAUUGUGAAUAACUCAAUGAUUACAUACCUGCCCCUUGCUGUCUACUAAAGGGCACUGCUUCACUCCCACCUUGUUGGAUUGCUAUCCCCUGUCCUAUUGUGUUUUAUACCCCACCUCCUCUAGACUGGAAUCUUGUUUGAGCAAGGUGCUCAUCAACCUACUGUAACAUUUUGAAUUAGUCUCACUUAUUGUGAAAUCCUCAACCCCACUCACCUUAUAAUAUUGUAAAGCUAUGCGUAAAAUGUUUGUGCUAUUUAAAUGCUCAAGUAAUUAUUAUUAUUGAUAAAGUACCAACAAGUUUUGCAGCGCUGUACAAUAGGUGGACUAACAGACAAGUAUUUGUAACCAGACAAGUUGGGUGCAGCAGAGAGUGUUGAGGUCCCUGCUCAAAUGAGUUUACUUGCUAGAGGGAGUGGGGUAAAGAAAACUAGUUUUCCCUGAGGAUUUAAAAAAACAAACAAAAAUAAAAACAACACAUUUCUUUAUAUAAUUGUAGUACUACAAUUACCGUGAUGCUUUAUAGUGGCAAAAGCUUAACGGGACACUAUAAGCACAAAAGCAACUUUUAGCUUAAAGGACCACUCUAGGCACCCAGACCACUUCAGCUUAAAGGGACACCGUAGGCACUGUAUCUGCUUCAUCUCAUUAAACUGGUUAUAGUGUAUAGAGUCCCCUGGUGCCAUCAUUUCUUUCAGCAUUAAACAGUUUUUAAUGUUGUAAUGUUUUAAUCCUAAACAAGAGACCACGGCAGUCCAUCCCCUCUGUGCUGCUUUGGCUAAUAAGGAAGUAUUAGCCUGAGCAGCAAUGGGUAGCUGUGAUUGGCUGAGAGUGUCAGCUGACUGCUUUUAACCUGUCAGAGCUCCAACUGACGGUGUGAAUGGGUAUGACAACAAGGAAGUGUGUAAUCUCUGCCUUAGCUACACAUACAGAAGGGGCCGGACUGUGGGUGGCCAGGGACUCUUAUUUUGUGGCAUACUACACAAACAUGGUGCAACACUGAAUGGAGGGACAGUGCCAGGGCACUCCAGGCACUAUAACCAAUUCAAAGAGACAAAGUGGUUAUAGUGACUACAGUGUCCCUUUAAUGAAGUGGUCUGGGUGCCAGGUUCAGCUAGGGUUAACCCAUUUUUUUAUAAACAUAGCAGUUUCAUAGAAACUGCUAUGUUUAUAAAUGGGUUAAGCCUUCCCCCAAAGCCUCUAGCGGCUGUCUCAUUGACAGCCGCUAGAGGCGCUUGCGUGAUUCUCACUGUGAAAAUCACAGUGAGAGCACGCAAGCGUCCAUAGGAAAGCAUUGCCGCGCGUGCACAUUCAGCCGACGGGGAGGAACGGAGGAGGAUCGGAGGCAGAGAGCUCCCCGCCCAGCGCUGGAAAAAGGUAAGUUUAACCCCUUUUCCCCUUUCCAGAGCCGGGCGGGUGGGGGCACCCUCAGGGCACCAUAGUGCCAGGAAAACAAAUGUGUUUUCCUGGCACUAUAGUGGUCCUUUAAAGGAGCAAUAUAGUGCUAGGAAAACAAACCCCUUCAGCCACUUACCUUAAUCCAGCGCCGGGCUCCCUCGGCGCCGGUGACCUCUCUUUCCCCUGCCGAUGUCAGCUCCGCAUGUGCAGCAAGAGCCGCGUGCGCAUUCAAACCGCCCAUAGGAAAGCAUUUUUCGCUCUGAGAAUCGCGGAAGUGGCCUCUAGUGGCUGUCAGGGAGACAGCCACUAGAGGCUGGAUUAACACUCAAUGUAAACAUAGCAGUUACAGCUGCAGAGUUAAAACUAGGAGGACCUGGCACGCAGACCACUUAAUUGAGCUGAAGUGGUCUGGGUGCUUAUAGUGGUCCUUUAAUGAAGCAGUUUUUAUGCAUAGAUCAUGCAUCUGAGAUUUCAUUGUUCAUUCAUCUGCCAUUUAAGAGUUAAAUCACUUUUGUUUCGGUUAAUGCUGCCAUAGCCACACCUCUCCUGGCUGUGAGUGACACAGACUGCAUGAAAGCAAAAUGAUUUAAUUUCAAUCAGAUGUAACUUACUUUAACUUAGUUUUUAUCUCCUGCUCUGUAAAUUGAUCUUUUUUUUUCCAUAUUUAUUUUUUAUUGGUUUUGGUAGUACUCCAGUGCAUGGCACCGUGAAAUAAUAAAACAUUUACAGUGUUGGUACAAAUACAGUAAUAGAGUUAUACAGUGGUUUAACGAUGUUAUGAUAAUAUUACAAUGAUAAUGACAGUGAUGCAAUGCCAACAUUACUAUUAAUACAGUACUAACGGUAACAUUACUGCACAACAAUACAUACAAUACGAUACCUUACACUGUUGCUGUCGUAACGGCUCAUUGAUCAAAUGUGGCCUCGUUAGCUUAUACACAGAAGUUCAUAUAAUAUGAUAAUGCGUGUAGUGACGUUAGUGUCGACAUCAGCACAAAUGCAUCGCCGAUGUUAUGUUCUAACUCCGUUUGUAUGACAGCUCGUUUUUGUUUUUGGCUAGAGCUAUAGACAUUUGUGCUAUCUGUUGUUGAUGUCCACAUGGGCUUCAUUCUCUAUCACACCAUGCAGCCAGGUACAAGGGAGGAGAACAAAGGGUUGAGGGAAGGGUAACAUUCAACAGUAACUCUACUAAUAUAACCAUGUACCUGAACUUCUCUGUUUAGUAUUACUAUCGGACCUUGUGGUGUGACUUGUUAGUGGCCAGGUUUGUGACAUGUAGGAUGUAGUAUGAGUAUUAUAGCUGGUAUAACUGGUAUAUCCCUCCUAUUAUUUCUCUGGGGCGUGUGCUAUCGUGUCAUAGUGUCUCAUUCAUCUGCGUCGUCCAAUGUUCGGAUAUUAAUCCAUCCGCACCAUUGGAUACCAUGUUUUUCCGAUGUACCUAGUAAGUUGUGCGCCAUUCUCUCGUACAAACACACGUUGUCCAUUCUCUUUGUUACCUCCUCAAUUGUCGGUGGUAAUAUGGCCUUCCAUUGAGAGGCUAUCGCAAUCUUGGCUAUAGUCAGUAUGUUUAUUGCAGUCAUGGUCGCUGAAGGUCUUACUGAGUCGCUCGUGGGAAGCAUAUGCAGCAGGUAGUGUAUAGGGUCUAAUGGUAUGGCUAGGUUAGUUGUUUCGCGUAUAAGUGAUUGGACUGAGGUCCAGAACGGGGUUAUGAUCUGACAGUCCCAGAAUAUGUGAAGUAACGACCCUGCCGUGCGGUUGCAUCUCCAGCACAGCGGGGAGGAGUUGGGAUACAUUCUUGCCAGUCGUGAGGGAACUAGAUACCAGCGCAUUGCUAUCUUGCAGAAUGCUUCCCAGAGAGACAGGCUUUUAGAUGCCCGUUUUGUUAAGUAAAAGGCCUCAUGCCAUUGUUUCAAAGUGAGUGUUGUCCCUAGAUCUCCUUCCCAUUUUUCCAUGUAAGGAAGUUUAUGUUCAGAUUUCUCUCGUUCCAGUGCAUUAUAGCAAAGGGCUAGGGGUUUGACAUAGCGGGAUGUCAAAAUGUACCUGGUAGAGGGAGUGUCUGAUCGUUUUGAGGGUGUUGUCGGCUUAGUGCUAGAUUGCAGUAUAUGCUUGACCCUUAGAUAUUUGAAUAGGUCUCUGGGGCUCAGGGAGAAUUCACUUUGUAGGGUGGGAAACGUUUUCAGCAUGUUUUGAUGAUAUAGGUCCUGGAUUGUGCGGAUCCCUAGGUUCGACCAUGUUUGUAGGGGGAGGUCGGGGGAACUGGCCUGCAGUGUCGUGAGUGGUGCUUCUUUGAACAGUGUCUGAGGUUGGCACACAUUGUAGGCGAUUUAUUGGGUUUGGGGAGAGUUACUAUGUGGGCUUCUAGCAUUUCUGGUGGGAUUUCUCCUGUGUCUUUUAUAUGGUUGAAGAGUUUGGUAAUGUGUGGGGCCAGGGUAUCACCAAAUUUAUGAUAGUAGCAGUUUGUUAGUCCAUCUGGGCCCGGUGCUUUGUGUUUUGGCAGUGUUUUUAUCGUGGAGAGAAUUUCUUCGUUUGUGAACGGCCUCUCUCUAAUGAUGUUUUUUGUUCCUGGGUGAGUGUUGGUAGGGUAGUGUCGUGGAAAAAGGUUUGUAGGUCUCUGUCCGUGGGUUGAUGUGUGGCGUUGUCACUGUCGAGCUGAUACAGUGAGGCAUAAUAGGAGGCUAGUUCCUCUACCAUAUCUUGAGGGUUAUAUAACUUGUCCCCUUUCGCGGAUAUAAUGUAUGGGAGUUUGGUGGAUUGAUGUCUCUUCUUUAGUCUUCUAGCUAGCAUUUUCCCUGCUUUAUUACCUCCUAUAUAAUGGGUUUGCUUGAGGUAGCGCAUAUGCUUUUCAGUGGUGUUUAGGGCUAAUGCAUGUAAUUGUAACCGUAUUUGUUCCAAUUGUUUUUGGGUAUGCUUUUUGGGGUUCUGUUUAUGUGUAGCUUCUAGAUUAGUAAGUGCACUCAGCAGCUCUGCUUUCUGCGUGCAAGCUCGUCUUUUAUUAUUGGCCCCCAGUUGGAUGAGCGCCCCUCUCAUAACCACCUUGUGUGUUACCCAUUGAGUCGGUAUGGGUGUUGUGCAGGAUGCGUGGUCGUUGAAGAAUUCAGUUAUCUGUUUUUCUAUAUGUUUGGAGUUUUCUGGGACGUUUAGCAGGGCUUCGUUUAAACGCCACGUGCCUCUGCCACGAGCCGGGUACGGGACGCGGAGCGCAAUCGUAAGCGGCGCGUGGUCCGACCACGUUAUUGGGCCUAUGGAAACGUCCGUGAGAUGUGUUAGGGUAUUUUUGUCAGUGAGACAUAGAUCUAUCCUGGAGUAGGUCAUGUGGACUGGGGAGUAAUAUGUGUAGUCCCUCUCCGCAGGGUAUAGGCAUCUCCAUGAGUCAUACAAGUCAUGCAUUAGGAGAAGAUUAGUGAGGUGUCGACCUAAUAAGAUAGAUGGCCUCUUGGGAGUUUUAUUCUCAGUUCGUUUCAUGUCUAUGUACGGGUCAGCUGUGCAGUUAAAGUCACCACAUAGAAUCACGUGCCCUUGUUUGUAUCUGUGCAGCUUUUUGAAAGCUGAGGUUAGAAAGGAUUUUUGAUCUACAUUGGGGGCGUAAAGUGAGGCUAUCGUGAUCUCUAUGCCAUUUAGAGAGCCCACUAGUAUGAGUAGCCGGCCAUCCCUGUUUGCGUGUUGUGUGCGCAUCGUAAAUGCCCAGUCAUCAUGGAAAAAUAUGGAGACCCCUCUUGUAAAUUGAUCUUUAAUUACACAUAGGAGGCUGCUGCGUGGUCUAGCAAUCUAUUAACAGAGCAUGAGAUAAUAUAUUCUAAAUUAAAUAGAAUUUUAAAUUUAAGUUAGAGUAAACAUUAGCUGACACUGUGCAGGAAGUGUUUAGGCAGGCUGUGUAAGUCACAUGGAGGAAGGUGUAACUAGGGCUGUAUAAACAAAGUUAUUUAAAGGGACACUAUAGUCACCUAAACAACUUGAGCUUAAUGAAGGAGUUGUUUUUAUAUUGAUCAUGUCUAUGAAGUUUCAAUGCUCAAUUCUCUCCCAUUAAGGAGUUAAAUCACUUUUGUUUCCGUGGAUGCAGCCCUAGCUACACCUCCCCUGGUUGUGACUCACACAUCUUGCAUGAAAAAAUAUAUGGUUUCAUUUUCAAUUAGAUGUUACUUUACAUUUUGUUACCUCCUGCUCUGUAAAUUGAACUUUAAUCACAUACAGGAGGUUCCUACAGGGUGUAGCAAACUAUUAACAUAGCAGGAGCUAGGAAAUGCUAAAUUAAACAGAAUUUGAUUUGCAAAAAGGAAGUGUAAACAUUAGCUGACUCUUUACAGGUGUUUAGUAAGGCUGUAUAAGUCACAACCAGGGAGGUGUGACUAGGGCUCUAUAAACAAAGUGAUUUAACAACCAAAUGGCAUAGAAUUGAGCAGUGAGACUGCAAGGGCAUGAUCUAUACACCAAAACUGCUUCAUUAAGCUAAAGUUGUUUUGGUGACUAUAGGUACCUUUUAAAUGUAUUUUGGCUCAACAUCUUGCACAAUGUAGUGCAGAAACAUAUGCAUGCAAGGUAAGCCAUCACUGUCUUGGGGCAAUGGAAUAUGUUGCUGUUGUUUAACUAAAAUGAUUGAUCUUGUGACUCUGAUACAUGGUGAUACCUUAUUCUUUUUUACACACGCUUCUGUUUCUCUACUCCUUUUCAAAAAAAGUCCUUGAUCGAUUAGGAGAGCAGUGUUAUAUUGCCACUUUUACUCAAUAAUACUUCACUUUAUUUGCAGGAGGAGGAGCUUUUUGCUUGCCACCGGGGAUGCCGUCUGUUUUCGAUCUGUCAGUUUGUGGAAGAUGGAAAUGAUUUGAAUAAAACUAAAACAGAGUGUGAAUCAGGUGAUUCUACCAUGGCUUUACAUUUUUUUUUGUCACUCUGUGUGUAUGUGGGGAGGGGGAGUUGAAUGUGUGUUACUUUCGAUAUUCUAUUUAGCUAUCCAUGUAUUUAACAAAUAUCUAUAUACGUCAAUAUCUAUUGACGUACAAAUCCACACCUUUUUGCACCCCGGUACAGUAUACCCGUGGGAGAUGUGUCUAUCGGUUUGUCACUGUCUGUCUGCACAGUAUAUAUAACCUGGGUUUACAGCAGUCGCUUUAUUGUAGCCAGAGUUAUGCUUAAAGAAAUCGGUGUGUUGUGUUGGAGCUCACCCUGCACGCAUCCGAUCAGCUCAGAGCUCAAGCUCCGCCCCCGCUUUCCCUAUUUUUUAUUGUUAUAUGAUUACCUUUUAUAGAAUUGUCGAGCAUUAGAAACGAUACUGUAUCCCUUGACUUGCAAUUGGUGAUGCAUGUUCAGAAACAUCGGUGUAGAACAGGGGUAGGCAACCUUUUAGCAGCACUGUGCCGAUAUAGGAUUGUGAUGCCCCAUAGCGUGCCGAUCCUAUUUUUUAUUUUAUUUUAAAUUGACGUGUGUAUGUUGCCGUAUUAUGCUUGUGUUAUUUAUACUGUUGUACUGUGUUAUUAUACUAUACUGCUUUGUAUCAUUGUAUUUGUGUGUAUAUGAGCGAUUAGAUUGAAUAUGUUCAUUAGUAGUUUAUGGUAUCGUGUAUGAUACAUAUAAAUGAGGGCUGCUUGCGGAAAUGUGUGUGGAUGGAUAUGUCACAUUGUGUGUUUGGUAGUGUGUGUGCUGUUUGGGGUAUUGCAUGUGGGGUUGUGUGCAUGUAUGUGUAUUGCUAGUGGUGUUGCGUUUGUGUGGAUUGUGUGUAUGUUUGUGUUUGGGCUGUUCGUAUUAUUUGAACGAGGGAGGGUUAUUCUGCAGCUCUGUGUAUAUCUAGCAGUGUGGGUGGCUUCCCUGGGUUCCAGUGGGGACCAGGCUGGCCAGGUACAGGUCAAGGACAGGAGCAGUAACAGCAGCUGCAGGCUGCUCUACUACGUUGUGGAUUCCCAUUCACAAGUGCUCGGAGGAAGUGAUCUGAGAUCAUUUCAUCUAUGUGCUGCAAUGCAUAAAUUGAGGAUUGUCCUUCAUCACCUUUUUGUAUUAGCAGAUAUCUGAAGUUUCACUGGGACUUCUGAUAGGCCAGAGCCUUUUUGGCUCUAGCAGCCUUGAAUGCUGUGCAAAGACACCUUGAGUGCCGUGUAUGGCACUAGUGCCGUAGGUUGCCUGCCCCUGGUGUAGAAGAACAAAUUUACAUUUAUAUACGAUUGGCUGGUCAAACAUCUUGCUAAAGGGAAUAUUGAAAAGGAGAUUACUGAAAUCAAAAACCAGUUUAAUGCUACAUAAUGUCAAUGCAGUAGCCUAUCUAAAAGUAGCAAUCUGUAUGUCAGAGGACAUUGCUUUGCAUUUACGCUUGUGUAUGUUGAUUUAAUUUGAUUUUGUAUUAAAGGUAAAUAAGGAUGCUUUGUGCCAUUAUGCAAAACUAUUAUUACAACUGCCUGAACUGUCUUUUUUAAAUGUACUCUUUCAGUUCGCUAGCAGAGUUGAACUUCUCUUAGAUUAUACCCCUCCCUGUUUUUCCUACGUAAAAAGAAAAUGUUCCUGUUUGCUUAUUUUGUUGAUGUAAUAAUUCCAUGUGUACACUUUUUGGAAACAUCUUAAGUAAAUACUUACAAUGUACUUUGUCAUGUGUCAUGGGAAGAUUUUAGACAGAUGUUUGCUACCAUCUCCUGUUACGACAGUGGUUGUUAAAGGGACACUUCGGACAUCUAAAGCAUUGCUGAACUACUUUGAAUAGUGUGUAAUUUCUUAUUUUAUUUAUUUGUUCUUCAUUUUACAAAAAUUGCUGUUUCUGUUGAAACUGGCACUUCUUUUUUUAUAAAUUAUCCAUGUUAUACGCUCUGGUUGUCAGUUGGGCAACUGGUCCUAUUACCUGCUGGUUUGUUUAGCUCAGUGGAGUUAAACUGAAGAGGCAGACAAUUGCCUUGACCACCUGCAUUGCAAAGACUUCUCAUUGGGAAUUUUGUGAUUGAACAGCUAUAGAAGGGGAGCAGAGCUGUUGCAAGCUGUUUUUAGAUAACCCCAUAAUAAAAAAAAAACAUGUAUAAUUAAAAGCAUGCAUGGUUUCAUUUGGGGUGUAUCUUUUUAAACAAAGAUUUAUUUUAUUUAUUGUAUGGGGGCCGUAUAGGGUCCCUUUAAACAUUUAUUUGGACAUGGACACAAUUUUGACCCUUUCUUCAGAUGUAAUGUUUAACAAAGCAAAUUCUGGAAAAUAUUAGACCUUUCUUUAUGAGAGGAUCACCAUUGAAAUGAAGAAGGCAGUACUGCUGUGAUAACCCUUACAGUUGCAUGUGUCCUAAUGAAAACUAUGUAUGUCAUUGUGUCUGAGUUUUUAAUUCUUUAGGGUCUUAACAAAAAGAACAGUUUAACAUUGUGUUAUGUUUCAAACUAUAUAAACCUUUUUUGUUUUGUUUUUCCCUGUUACUGCAGCGUGUAUUGAGGCCUAUCCUAAAUCCAAUGAGCAAUAUGCCUGUCAACUGGGCUGCCACAGCCAAAUGCCUUUUGCAGAGAAGAGGCAGGAAGAAGUAAGUAUGUCGUCCACUGAUUUUAAACUUUGAAUGCUGGGAUGAUUCUGAACUAACUAUUGCUGUUCAUAGGGUAGGCCAAUUUCUUUGCUAUUCUGAGAAAACGUGCAUUUAAAAACAUGUUGAAUGUUAACAGGGAAAGGCACUUAUUUUAAAUAAUUUUCUUUGUAAAGAAAGUGGAUUUUAAUUAUCCUUCAUGUGUGACUGGUUUGGGGUUUUAGAAGAUCCUAUUGGACAGUGACUGAUCCCACUACGUAGCUUACACUGUACUGUAUUUGGAGAGAAUGUAAGAAUGAUGCUUUAGAGCAGAGAGCUUUAUUCAGUAAGUAGGAAACUGUAGACAACUGACAAAGGAAAUGCAACAGUGGAAAUAAAGUGGAGUUUGAAUUUUUUUCCUUCUCAGGUUAUGUUGGCCUAAAGUUUACAGUUCCUUUGUAAAGUCUCCACAAUUUCAGAAAUGAUUGCACCCUGGGAAUUAAACUUUUGUUUUGAAUGCUGUGUUUUUACAGUUGUCGCAGGGACAUGCUUGAAAAUUAGACAUUAUAAAAGUACACUAUAAGCACGUUAACAGCUACAGCUUGCUGUCAUCCUGGAAUGCAUCACCUGGACUGGCCGUGUCACUUUUGCUCAAGUUUGGUAUUUAUCGCAUUUGCCAGGUGAAGGAGGUUGUGUGGCCUUUUGUUUGGAAGUGCUGCAAAGUGAAAAUGCCUGCAAGCGACAGCAGUCAUGUGUCUGAAAGAUCCACAGUUGUUACCAAGUACCGCCUUCCCUCUCGAGGCUUAGAGCACUUUUCAUCUACGUGCAUCCACUUGUGGAAAGAUGAGGAUGACAGAGGGUGGCACGUUAUAUAGGAGGUGGGCAAGCAGUGCCUACAACCCAGUGCUUCUCUAUGAGCGUUUCAUUGGGGAAUGCACAGCAUUUAAAUAGGAUAUUCUUUUUAAAUGUCUUAGAGGCACAGACAUCACUUGACAAUUUUUGUUUUUUUAAAGGAACACUAUAGUCACCUAAAUUAUUUUAGCUAAAUAAAGCAGUUUUAGUGUAUAGAUCAUUCCCCUGCAAUUUCACUGCUCAAUUCACUGUCAUUUAGGAGUUAAAUCACUUUGUUUCUGUUUAUGCUGCCCUAGCCACACACCCCUGGCUAUGAUUGACAGAGCCUGCAUGAUGAUAAAAAAACCGGUUUCACUUUCAAACAGAUGUAAUUUACCUUAAAUAAUUGUAUCUCAAUCUCUAAAUUGAACUUUAAUCACAUACAGGAGGCUAUUAACAUAGCAGGGGAUAAGAAAAUCUUAAUUAAACAGAACUUGCAAUAAGGAAAGCCUAAAUAGGGCUCUCUUUACAGGAAGUAUUUAUGGAAGGCUGUGCAAGUCACAUGCAGGGAGGUGUGACUAGCGUUCAUAAACAAAGGGAUUUAACUCCUAAAUGGCAGAGGAUUGAGCAGUGAGGCUGCAGGGGCAUGUUCUGUACACCAAAACUGCUUCAAGCUAAAGUUGUUCAGGUGACUAUAGUGUCCCUUUAAACUAGCAAGCAAACAAGAAAAAUGUUAUAUUCAUUUUCACAUUGCAGCACUUACAAACAAGAGUAUGCAAUAAAUGUUUAUAAACUUGACCAGAUUGCAUUGUUGGACACACCCUUCAUGGCUAGGGGAGUUUCUUCAAGCUCACACCUUCUCUUUCAGCCAUCCAGCUCAGUUUCCGAUCAAUCCACUAAUUAUACAUUACAUUCCUAGGGAUAGGGUACUGGUUACAUCAGUGUUCCCCCUGGAGUGGGCGUGGAAAGCAUAAGAAGCAGAAACAGGUUAAUAAAGAAGAAUUUACCUGUGGAGUGAGGCAACUGUCUCAUUCCAAGCUAAAUGUUUUUUUAAAGAGACAAUUGUCUGAAAGUGAUGCAUAAACUGGCAUUUUCUAGCCUAGAGUUUUCCUUUGAUUUAUCUGCCUGCUAAAACUCGUUGUAAUUAAAUGUUUGUGUACUCUUUUAAUAACUGAGAAAACAUUGUAGCACUUGUUGAGAUCUUUUAAAGAUUGUGGGAUAAAGUUAUAACAAAUCUGUAAGGAAAUCUCCAAAACUCUGAAGUUCUCCAUCAUUGAUAAUUACAUCUUUUUCGUUACAGCUCUCUGAUAUGGUCCCACGGAUCCAUAUACUUUUCCCUUUGACUCUGGUGAAGACCUUCUGGGGAGACAUGAUGGAUUCUGCCCAAAGCUUCAUCACAUCAUCCUGGACUUUCUAUGUCCAGGCAGAUAAUGGGCAGAUUGUUGUUAUCCAGGUAUGAAUAGCAGGAAAGGAUAGUGUUAAUCUACAGAAACCUUACACCUGGAUUAAAGUGCAUUUGAUAGGUUUGGGCUUCAUAUUCAUGUUGUUUUUUUCUCCUAAUUUAAAUCUCUUCAGUUUUUGUUAAAACAAAAAACAAUAGUUGUUUGCUGCAGUGUAAAUGCACAUUUUUCCUCCUUUCACAAAACCACUUCCUUAUUAGGCAUACUCUGAGUAUGUACGCAGAUUAACCAAAGAGAGUUCUAUGUGAGCUGAGUUGCUGAUGUGACUCUGCCCUAGAGCCAUUGCUGUCCACUUGUCACCUGCCCUCUUUCCACAUAGCAUGACUUUAAAAUAAUUACAGAUAAGAACAGUGAUUACAUGUGGGGCAAAGGUAAGUCAGCAUCUCAGUGCACACUGAUCUCUCACUGGCUGAGCUACACUAUUUACCUUCCAAUCAGGAAGAUGUUUGAUAAAAAGGGGAGAUGUGGCUAGGUACUUUGAAAAUGUUUGUCUCUUUUUUUGGGGGCUUUUUUUUUCCCUUUUAGAUCCAUAAAAUUUAAACCUGACAUACGCGAGUUUUACAUUUUACUAAUCUGUGUAUCUAUCUAUUUAUUAUGCAUGGCAUUUCUGGUGGUAUGAGUUUUUGUACCAUACCAAGUAUGGGUCAGGACCAAGUGAACUAGGAGGUAUAUCGAGACAAUAUUACUCUGUUCCAGAUUAAGAGUUCUUUGUCAGCCGCGCAAGAGUUAAACAUAUAGUGCAUGUAUAGGAAGCUGAUGCUCUGGGGAGAUUUCUCUGGCACUGAGAAUCUCAUUACCUUCUAAGAGUCGUGUGUCCUGCUGUUCUCCAUUGUUUUCCAUAUGUUAGAGCAAUUGAAAAAUAAAAUAUAUAUAUUCUUUGCUUUGUUUAGACGCAACCAGAAAUUCAGCACUUUGGCCCGUUACAACCAGGAAAUCCACCAAUGGACCUGAUGCUGGAAAAAAUACCAUGUAAGUUAUGCCUUUCUAGCACACAGAUUUUGCAUAUAAAAAUAUUUUACUGUAAAGCAGUAAAAGGCUGUUAGAGGGAAUUUCAUAAUGUAUGAGUUUAGCAUUUUAUUAGCUCUCUUUAGUAAGUGUAUACCGACAAUUUAAAUGUUUGUUUUGCCUUAGAAACAUGACAGGUACAAUACCAAUUAUAGGAUAUAGUAUUUCUGUGUGAAAUUACAAAGUUGCUUUUCAACCUGUACUUGCUGUGUUGAAUGCAUCUUUCACAUUCUACUUAUCCAUAGGAAGUAAUCAUGGAUUAAAUGAGGGAAGGUGGAUCAAUUUAAUUUUGUCAUGUUUAAGUUUCUGUCCUUGACGUUUUCAUUUUUAGUUUUUUUUGAGGUUUUCUCUUACACUACAUGGAGUACAAUUAUGUAAAGAUAACAAGUGUUUUUAUUGUCUCUGCAGCAGAUCUGGCACCUGGUGAAUCUAUAGGAGAUGGACCUUGGAACCACAGAGCUGGUUUUCUAAGCUUUGAUGGUGGAGAUCGUAUUAUGAAAUGCUUUUCUAUGUAUGUUUUUUUUGUUGGUUUUUUUUUGUAUUCUGCACAUGUUUUCUCAGAUAGGUUGCCUGUGAGUGUAUCACUGUGCAUACCUUAACCCGUCCUUACCACUGAUAGCAGUGGAAUGAUUUGCACAAUUGUAUGAUUUCAUAGAAAGAAAGUGUACUGUAGACAGAUUUGAAUUUAUUUUACACCUUCAAGGUAUAAAUGUAUUUUUACCUCACUACUUUUACAAAAAUUUUUUUUAAUUCUGCAUGAGCUUAUAACUAAAACCACUGAAUUGGGGCAUUUCCUUUUUAUAUAUGUUGCAAAUUCAUCUAAGACAGACUGUGAACAUGGUCUAUCUGUUCAAUUUUAAAGGGGGAGAGUAUUUACUUUAUUUUUUUAUACUGUUUGUUUAUUCACUAAACAGCAAUUUGUGACUAGAAAACCAAAUGGCAAGAUUUAGGUUAAAAUGUAGAAGCUAUGACUAUAGCUUAGUUCCAGAAUUUCUUCAAAUUGACUAUUUUGUUUUCAUUUUGUAAUUUAGUCUUCGUUUUCCUUCUUAGUGAAUAAACACCAGUGAUAUUCGGCAUGGAGAUAUUUUAUUAUUUAUAUUAUAUUUUCAGAGAUAAUCGGCUAGCGUAAAUGCUGGUUUUAUUGUCUGAGUUGUAGCAUCCAAACCUUGUACAGCAUCACAAAGCAUUAGCACAAACUAAUGGCAAUAGAUGGCAUGGCACUAAUCAGUGAUGUUAAUAUUUCUGGAAACUGUCCGUGUUGAAAUCACAGUUGCAGUAGAAUUUAUUUGUGAAGCAAUAUGUAAUUGUGUUUAUUUUUUUUUCAUAUUUUCAAAAUGCUAUGUAAAAAUACGCCUUUUUUUCGUGUUCUUUCUUUCCCGUCUCUGUCUCUUAUUUUAACUUUGUUUGUUUAUACAGGAAUUCAAACUGGCUUCUUACUGCAACUUUAAUCCUGUCUGUCAUGGUGUUGCUUUGGAUGUGCUGUGCCACAGUAGCUACAGCAGCAGAACAGUACAUACCUUCCGAGGUAAGCGGAAAAUGGAAUAGUUAUGUUUACACAUAUAGGUAAAUUCUACCAUCAAAUAAUAAUUAUUUUAUUUAUUUUUUAAUACAUAAUACCCUUCCUGUCAUGCAUUACAACUGCAGCCUCUAUUCAGUCAGCCUUUGAAUACUGUAUCUCCAGCUUCUAGCAAGCUAAAGCUAUAUGAACCUUUGCCACCCAAAAAUGGUUGUCUGCUUCUAUUGGCGUUAUAGUUUGCAAAGUGCUGAAUACACUUGUUAAUAUGUAUUGUCCUUUUGCUUGCAAUAAGGAAGGAGUGCUAAAAAAAACAUUUCUAUUACAGAAACUGAGUAUCUAUGGGGAUAUGGAGUACAUGAAUGAGCAGAAGUUGUACAAUUACUCACCCACGUCUCUUGUGGUCGUCCACGGCAAACCUGAAGCAAAUGAAGAAGCAGGACCUCUACCAGCAAAAGUGGACCUUUCACAGUCAGCCAUAUAAGCUUAGUGGUCCUACUGCCUUUUUCCAUUCUUCUUUCACCCCAAAACCGGAGUGACACCUGCAACAUCGGGAUUCUUUUUAAAAGCCGAAUAAAGGACAAUUGUUUAGAGUCUUGAGUCUCAUGGUGGAUGGGAAAGUUGGACUUUCUGGCCUCUGUGCUUUGCUGUAACUGGCUUUAGUGAUAAAAUUUUCUUUGGGGCUCGGUAUAAUUCUAUAAAUCCUUCCCUAAUAAGGGUGGUUGGCACAUUAUUUUGUUAAUCUGCACCCCGAUAUGAAGUCUGCAGGAAAUUACUUCCAGAAUUCGAUGCAAAUGUUUGUUUUUUACAUGUCCCUGUUUUGCAAAUGGAAUCAUUUCACAGCUGGAAGUUUGUACUUUUAUAUCUAUAUAUAGUCAAUAUUUAGAUAAUCUGACAACCAAGUGGCGAUGCAGCAGUUAAGCCAGUGUACAGAUCUGGGGUUUGGUGAUGAGGAUAGUUAUUGCACACUAAUUUUACCAAUAGAAAGGGCAUUUUCUAGCCUUGAAGGAAUAGACUGUGUAAUCUAUGUCAUUAGAAUCGAAUGCUUAUUCUCUUGAAAAUCCUGCAUAUGAAGGAUUCUCUCCUAUUAUUCUAUUUAACAAGUGCAUUUCCAGGCAUUAUUUGAAGUUAAGUAACGGUUGAGUCUUUUUUUCUGAAAUGUCCAUACUGGUAAUAAUAAACUAUAUAUUUCUUUUUAUGAAAAUAGAAAAGGUGUUGACUGAACAAGAGUGGCUUAUUCCAAUUGGUGAUUAAUUCUGCAACUGUAGACACAUGUAAACAUCAGCUGGUGUUUAAUUGAGGGUUAAAAAAAAAAAAAAGCAUUACAGUGGGUAAAAUGGAGAUCUAAAAUGUGUUCUUUUUUCUGGUUUCCUUUGUAGUAGGCAAGCUUUAAAGGUUGUAAUGUUCCUAUGGAUUUCUAAAAGUAAUUUACUGUAAACUAAGUAUAAUUCACCUAGAGUAAACUGGGAUGUAGGAAUUUGGAGCAUUUGUUUUAUGGGUUGACUGAUGUUUAAUUUUACUGUUUUCCUAUAAUAAAAUCUUACUUGAUUAAAACUAA